CUCGCCUACACUUUUUCAUAUAUCGUACUUGCCAGUGGAUAUGUUAUUAGAUGAUCAUAAACAUGGUAGGAGAUUUUUUCCUGACUCAAAAUGAGCCUUCGGUUGGUGCCUUUACUGUACACGGAAUGGUCCGUGUACAGUAAAGGCAAUCAGAGUCUGUGAUACGUUAUGUAACAGAAAACAAAAAAAUUCACUUUGUUUAUGACCAUUUGACAUGAAAAAUGUGUAUUAUGCUUGAGUAAAUGAAACCACAUCAACAAAACUGAUCAAAUUAAACAAUGAAAUUACAACAUAGGAAGGACCAGGGAAUUGCAUUGGUGGUUGACUAGGAAAUUGACUGGUCCUUCAAAUAAAAAGAUAACUCUAAACACAAAUUAACCCUAACCAAACCCUACCCAUCCCUACUUCCACUCUCUUUUCCUCCAGUUCUUCAUCCUUAAAUGCUUGCCUUUCUGCAUCUCAUGCAUACAUUUAAAAAUAUAUAUCUUGGCUUUGAAUCAAUAAAUCUUGGCUUUGACUCUUGUCUAUUGCCCACUGAUUAUAUCCUUCCUGUUCUGCAUGUAUAUAAAUGAUCUAAUGUGGCGCUCAACAGAGCGUUACAUUCCAACAGAUUUAGUUUGAAUGUGCACAACGCACAGAUUAUUGAAAUAAGUUUGAGCGUUUCCGACAUGGUGUAUUUGAACCAGGGGCGUAGGAAUGAGUUUAACAUUGGGGGGGACACAUAUCGGAAACCUGACAGAUCCUUUAACGGUUUGAAAGAUACAUUUGCAAAUGUAAAGGAGAACACAUUUUGAAUGUCAGUAAUGAACUGAUAAAUAUCAAAUCAAUUCUUUAAUUGCAGGCUCAAUCAUCCAGUUUUUUAGAAUGAGAAGCGGUGACAAGACGCUGUGUUGCGCUUUCAAAAUAAAAUAUUUUUCUCCCCCCGGUAUAAUUUUUAGAUGGGACAAAUGCACCUGUCUCCCAUAUUGGAGGGGACACUUCCCCUCUGUCCCCCCCGGUUCCUACCCCCUUGGUUUUAACUAUUUGUAUAAUUGGUAAAGCUCCUUGCAGGAGCAGUUUCAAAAGAAAAUAUAGCCGCAAGCGGUGUUUUACGGGAUCCAAGCAAAAUUAAAAGUCAAGAACACACUAAUAGAAGGUAUAUAAAUAUGACAAAUAAUUAUGGAGGAAAGAUGUUGAUGAAGAUGUUCCACUGAAUGCAAUACUGUGCCUCGGCUUUCAGGUGAGCUGCAAAGCAAUGCCCAAAUGUCAUGUUCAGCUUGUUCAUUAUGCUAUAAUCGGGAUUCGAACACUCAACCUAAGGAUCACCGGCCGUGCAAGGCAUUAUCCUAUUGAACCACUGAUAAACCUGAACUGCAGCCUCAUUCACAUAUUCAAAGUGUAUAUUAAUAAGCAUACAACAUCCAGAAACCUCCAAGCACACAUUUCUCAAGUAAAUUAAGGGCUUUCUUAAAAGCCUGAAAAAGAAUACCUGAAAAAUCUUUGAAAUUAACGGCAGAAAUAUAAUUAUGACAUAGUUAAUUAUGAAGGAAAAAUGGUUAAAGGGGACCUAUUAUGCUUUUAGACUUUUAUGACCUAUAAACGUUGUUAUAAUGAUUAAUAGUCAUGUUUAACCAUACUAGAGUGUCAAAUAAUGACGUACAUGCAUUUCGACGUAUUCCCUGCUGACAGUCUGGGGUGGCUGUGCAGAGCGCUAAACACUCGGAACAACGUUUGCGAAUAAUUUGUUCACAUUUCCGGGAAAUCAUCUACGUAGAGGCACUCCUGCCGCGCCCCCAUAUGCCUGGUCAAAUCUGCCCGCGCGCACGCUUCAAGGAAGGUAACCAAUCACAACGGAGUUGGGUUGGCAGGAGGGAGGCGAGGGGGCCGAGAAGGACGAAACCGAGCGUUGACAGAGAAUGCUGAAAGCGCCCAGAUGAGAGGAAGAGUUUCCCGAAAAUCGACAUCGUUUUUUGUGUAUGGUUAAACAUGACUAUCAAUCAACAACGUUUAUAGGUCAUAAAAGUCGAAAAAGCAUAAUAGGUCCCCUUUAACGAAGAAGUUCCCCUAAUGCCAUACUGUGUCUUGGCAGACCGAUUCUUGGAAACGAAUGAGUCAGAAUGUUGAUUGCCUGACGGAUUUCAGGUGCUGUUCGAUGUUGUGUUUGAGUGGCAAUGAGAGAAUGUCAUGUUCAGCUAGUUCAGAAUGCUCUAAUCAGGAUUCAAACUCUCAUCACCAGUACAAGGCAUUAUCCUGUUGAGCCACUGACAAUCCUGAACUGCAUGAAGCCUCAUUCACAUGCUGAAAAUGUCUAUUGAUAAGCACACAUCAAGAAAACUCCAAGUACACAUUUCACAAGAUAAUUAAGGGCUUUCUUAAAAGAGCACAGAUCCGAAAAUUUGCACUGUUAAUGGUAUCCUGCUAAUAAUAGCCGUAUGGUAGUUAGACAAUAACAAAACGGUCAUAUAGGCAAAAUGGGUUGACUGUGGAUGUUUGAAUUUUCUAUGAAAUUGUGGGAGAAUAAUUUUUUUUUUUAGCAGAAUACCAGGGUGAAAAGAUGCUUCUGAUUUGAGAGAUUAAUAUGAUGACAUUUUGAGUCCAGGUCAAUCUGGUAAGGAGAAAUAAGAAUAGUUCAUAAUUUUUUUAAAUAGCCUUACCUUUGGGUGCAGUACCACAAUUUGGGUUAAUGGGUAGUGGGGGGUAUUGGUAUCCACCUAAUAACAGCCGUAUGUUUUUUAUACAAUAACAAAAUGGUCACAUAAGAAAAAUGGGCUAACUGCUCCAACUUUAUUGGCCAAUAUUUCUCAAAUGGAACUAAAUAAAACAAUUCGGUUCGAUGAUUUUUGUGAGGCUUGGUCUUAAGAUGUGGCGAUUUUCGAUUUUUUUUGGUAUCCUGUAAAUCUAUUUAUCAUGUUUAGCUUUAAUAUGCAAUUGUGGGAAAAGUAAACCGUUUUAGGGCAUAGCAACCGGGGUUCUAUAAAUGCAUCUGAUUCUAGAGAUUAAUAUUCUGAAAGAAUUUUGAGUCCAGGUCAAUCUUGUGAGGAGAAAUAAACCUAAUUCAUCAUUUUUUACAAUAGCGCCAUCUUUGGGUGCAGUACCCACACAUUUGGGUGUAUGGGUAUUGGAGGUUAUUGGUAACCAUACCUGAAAAUUACAAGAGUUUUUGACUUAGGUGAUAGACUGCAUCAUGACUUUUACAGAAUUUGAGAAAAAAAAAAAACCUUACAGAAACAAUAGGGGACCAAGCAGCUUUACUGCUCUGACCCCUAAUAAUCAUAUACAGUCACAUAGUGACUAGAGUCACAAUACAGAGAAUCCUUAUUUUUUUUGUUUGCAUUAACAGCACCAGUUUCUGCAUUAGCUUAGUUUCUUAGUGGGUUUUAUAUUUUGUGAAUCAAUGGUUUUUGUCUGUCUCUUAAACUUGUCACAGGUAAUUAGGCAAGAACAUACAUCCCUGCAAUAUAAAACUAGAAAGCUAUAAGCAAUGGUAAGUUGCAAAAUAAGAUAAUAUUCAGCAAAUCAAAAAUAAAUCUUUGAUAUACAGAAUAUUAUGAAUUGUACAGAUAAAUAUUAUAAAUAGCACAUUUUGCCUUAUUUACAUGAAAAACAAUAAUAUAGGUAUAUCUUUAGCUCAAUGUUAAUGCAAGAACAUUUCAAAGAGUUUAGCAUUAAGACUACCAAUCAUGUCAAAGAAAUACUUAUAAUAUCGAAUAAAUGGAAAUGGCUGUUUUACACAACAGUUGAUGUUGUGUUUGAGACACACCAUGGAAUGGCGUCAUACAGAGGCGACCGCAUGAGAGGCACAACUGACAAGCUAAAACACAGAGGAAGGGCCACACAAAUUAAACAGACAAGAAAACUCUCAGAUGCAAAAUCAAUUAAAACUCCCUCAUAACAUGAAUGCAAUCUGGUUUUAUUAUAAACAACUAGGAUCAGUUUGUCUAGUGAGAGAGUUGACACAGAGAAAGCACAGAGAAGUGUACUUAAAAUAUUAUUCGAAUUUAUUUUCACUGACCGAUGCUUUUCAGGUAAACCGAUCAUGGAAAACAUUACAGACGCCAUCUAUGGCAGCCGGAAGACCAUCUGUGUGGUCAGUCGCGAUUACCUGGAGAGUGAAUGGUGCUCCAGAGAGAUCCAGGUUGCCAGCUUCCGUCUGUUUGACGAGCAGAAGGACGUGCUGAUCCUGGUGUUCCUGGAGGACAUUCCCAUGCAGCAGCUUUCUCCGUACUACCGCAUGAGGAGGCUCCUGAAGAGACAAACCUACCUGAGCUGGUCCCGCGCAGACGCACACCCAAACCUGUUCUGGGAGAAGCUCCGGCAGGCCCUGGAGUCCCAGGAUCACCCAAUGGGGGAGCAUAUACUGCUCACCGUGGAGGACGGACCCCCUGGAGAGAGACCAGACCAGUAAAAGGCUAAGAAAUGCUUGGGGCGGGGUGAGGGAUUAUACUACAGACACCCGAGGUCUGUCUCUAUGGGGGGAAAGUGAAACUGUUCCACUUGACAGCUUUUUUUGUUUUUGUGUAUUGUAAAACCCCUUCUUAAUCUAGUUAAUGGGUACAUUUGGUGUGGAUUUGUAUUUUUAUUCAUUGCGACAUCGGUGUAAACAUUGUCUAAUGUUUUCCAAUUUGUGCGGUUGGGCGUUUCUACUUCUGCUGAAAUCUGGGGACAACUGACCUGAGGUUUGUCUUCGACAAUGAAGACUCCUUCAGGGUGGGAGUUCUGUCCUUUGCCAAUAGCUGAGUUUAUUAGCUCAAAUGCUAACCAAUCAUAGCAUGCAAAGGUAUGUAGACCUAUAACAAGAGUGAAGUUCCCUAAGUAUAUGGAAAGGCCUGCAUUUCAAGAUAUGUUCCAGAUCAGGUGUGCAAAAAAUGUCUGUGACACUUGUGUCUGUGUACCAAACAAUGUUAUUAGAAUUUCUAAGCCUGACUUUGCCCAUGCACAUUGCUGUGUAGUGACCCCUAGAGGCAGGGCCGGCGCUCGGCAUAGGCGACCAAGGCGCACUGAAACCCUCUGCGUAGUACGCAGGACAAUGUGUACUGCGUACACAUUGUCGUCCCCCACCCCCGCUCGGAUGCCCUGUCCAGGGCGCGAUUUAAUGUCGAGUCGCCUAGGGAACCAAAAUGGUCAGCACCGGUCCUGCCUAGAGGGCUGCCAUGUACAUAGCACCAUUGAUAAAAGUUUAUAAUAAUCAAAUGCUUGCUAUAAGAAUCAAGUUUUAUGAUGGAUAAUUAAUAACUAAAAGAUCAUUUGCAGUGUGAAUUUUUUUGCAUGUUCAAUAUUAAUCAAAUUUAAAAGAUGAUUCUGAAACUGCUGUUUUCUUCAAUAUUAAUAAUAAUAAUAAUAAUACAUUUAAUUUAGAGGCGCCUUUCAAAACACCCAAGGUCACCUUACAGAGCAUAUAGUCAUCAUAAAUUUUUUAAAAAACAAGACAUUGUGGAAAAAAUAAAUAAAUAAAUAAAUAAAUAAACAUAAGCAAUAAGAAAUAAAUAAAACAAAAACAAGACAAAACAAAACAGAAAAACAAUCAAAACAGUGAUCAGUUAGACGUUGUGUUCGAGUUUGAACAGGUGAGUUUUGAGUUGUGACUUGAAGGUUGUAAUGGUGUCUGACUGUUUUAUGUGUGGGGGGAGGGAGUUCCAGAGCCUGGGUGCUGAACAGUUAACAGAUAAUUAAUUGUAUUAUAAAUAAAAUUCUUGUUCACAGAAGAUAUUUUUUUCUAUAUCACUGUUACACUGCACUAUACUUUUACACCUUAAUCAUAUCGAUGUAUCAAAUGUCAUGAUUGCACAUGUAUACAGUAGUGUACAGUAACGUAGUAGAAAUACUUUGUUACUGUAGGUUUUUUCGGGAUUUGUACUUCACUUGAGUAUUUAUAUUUCUAGCAACUUCCCCUUUUACUCAGCUACAUUUCCUCAAUAAAAUGUAUACUUUUA